AAAACAAUGACGAUAAUGGUCGGUACGGUAUUACAACGAAUCCAGUGCUAUUUUAUUAUGAGCAUUCUAAAACACUUCCAAAAAAAUAAAUCAAAACUCCAAAAUGUAUCAGAAAGUGUACCUUAUGUCUGUAACAUGCAGAGGUUCCCUCCUCUACCCAGACCAGCAGAUUUCCUUUCUGACACAACUCUGUGCUCCACAAACCUGCCAGACAGGAAGCUAUUGUUAUUUACAGUGCAUUAUAGGAAACAAAGAGCAAGGAGACUCCCAACACACCACAACAAACUUGAACUAUUGCUUCUUUUUUUUCACUUUUGUUUUUGGCUUGAGUGCAGAGGUUAUGCCGGUUUAACAAGAGAUGGGACAUAUAUGUUCAGGCAGAAAACCAAUACAGAAUGUUCCCUGCUUAUAAACACAGGACAGAGGGCAGGCUUAAAAAAAACACAAGUCAUUGCAACUAGGCAAAUUAUCCAAGAAUCAAACCCCUCCAAGCUGUUUUAUCAUACCAAGUCAGAACCCGUAACUGUUUAUUCCAAUAUAACAAACUGAAAUUGCUGAGAUGGGUUAUUUUAACUGGGGACAACCACAAGCAGACCUGCGUGAGUCCAGCUCAUUGCUUACAAAGACAAUUAAGCUGCAUCUCCUUAAGCCUCUUUUGUACAGGUUUGCCCUUGUAUGUAAAAGCUUACCCUACCCUGCAGUGAAAAGCAUGCUGUAACCUGUUACACAUUUCAAACAUGGCAUCAGAAUGGUGAACUCCCAGCUGCUUAAUUAAAAUGCACAUGUUCACCACCUGGAUAAACGUGUCACAGCAACUCAAGAUGGCAUGUACUGGGUGUGACCGCACCAUCAACUGUGUUUCUGUUUGGGUGUUAGCUAGUAUUAUUAUCUAUAAGGUAAAACCAGUAUAAAACUCUUCAUAUAACCAGAUGAGCAUGACACGCCAAGGUGAAACAUGCAGACACACCUUUCUAUUAAUGAAUAGGACAGUACAGGUUUACCUACAUAGUCCCUGGUGUUCUUAUACUGUCAACGUGCUUCCUAAACCAGCUUCCACGUUUACUGUACACAUUUCGGAGCCUUCUAAACAUUUGGUCAUUCACUGAAGUGUUUGAAAUUAAACCCUUUCCCAUUUUGUGACCUAAAUCUGGGGAAGCGUUUCAACAUUUUAGACACAAAAAAAAAAUGCAUGCAUGCACUUACAAUAACCUAGCGUCACGAAGUGGCAAGACGCUGCCUGAUCUUGAGCAAUCCCUAUUGGUCAGAUCUGAGCUGUAGCGCUGCCCUGGCAUGCUGGUUGGUGUAGAGCCUUGUCUGUCAAGUGACGGGCAGUGACUCGCUGGGUAUGAAUGGCGAGGUUGUAAUUAAGUGCAGGGGGCUUGGAGAAUAUCUCGAAAUGGUAGCAAACGAGGUGGUUAAAAACUCGCUCUAGCAACCAGACCCGUGUCACCAUGAGACCCAAAUUUAAAACAGUGCAUGUUUAUGCAUUUAAGAGCGCGUGUAGAGGUUGUGUUGAUGUGACAUACUGAACGGGUGGUCGGUGCGCGAAAGGCCUUUUUCCCCCCUCGCUUUUCCAGCAAUACAGGACUGAACCGCUGGACUACAAACAUAACUGUUUUGGGUUUUUUUUUUUGUUUGUUUAUUGUCUUUCUCGGCGGGUCAUUACAAAAUGAAGAGGGUUAACAGUUUUCAGAGAUUCAUGAACACUCGAGCUGCAGCUAACUGCCGCUACCAGCCCACUAGUUACGAACACGCUGCUAAUUGCUACACACAUGCGUUCCUCAUAGUACCUGCUUUCGUGGGCAUGACCCUGCUCUAUCGCCUCUCGGAUGACAGUUGGAAGAAGAUCACAGCCUGGAUUUACGGCAUGGGCCUGUGCACCCUGUUCCUCGUGUCCACAGUGUUCCAUACCAUAUCAUGGAAAAAGAGCCACAUGAGAAAUGUGGAGCAUUGUUUUCACAUGUGUGACAGGAUGGUGAUCUAUUUCUUCAUUGCUGCCUCCUAUGCACCAUGGCUCAACCUUCGUGAACUUGGACCUUUAGCUUCACACAUGAGAUGGUUUAUCUGGCUAAUGGCAGCUGGAGGAACCGUUUUUGUGUUUUUGUACCAUGAAAAGUAUAAGCUUGUUGAGCUCCUCUUCUAUCUAACAAUGGGUUUUUCUCCUGCUUUGGUUGUGAUGUCAAUGAACAACACAGAGGGGCUUCAGGAGCUUGCUUGGGGGGGCUUUCUCUACUGCCUCGGAGUGAUUUUCUUCAAGAGUGAUGGAAUCAUUCCUUUUGCCCACGCUAUCUGGCAUGUCUUUGUAGCAAUGGCAGCAGCUGUACAUUACUACGCCAUUUGGAAAUAUCUCUACAAAAGCCCUUUGACAGACCUCAUCAGAGAUUUAUGAAAAGAAGUUCCAGUUUUUUCUUUUCUUUUAUAAAGAUGCUCUGGCCUUGAUCUCCCUUUCCCUUUUUCUACUGUGAACGUUGUUUUCCAUAUAUAGUGGGCCGCAUUACAAUUUUCCCCCGGUACCACACGGCUAAAUCACACGGUAACUUGAAGCAACUCAUUUUCUACCACGGUUAUCCCGCGCUGCAGCUUGACACGUCAACUCAAUACUUCGUUUUUCCAGAGGGCUUUUGGGAUGCACUUAGCUGUAUACCGUUGAGAUUUGUUUAAUCUCUUAGGGACUGUAUUUUUAAAAUAAUUGUUUUUCACUGUCAUCAAGGCUCGUAAUGUACUGUAUAGGACAGGCUGUAUUAACAGGUUUACUGGUUUUACUGAGAAACUAUUCCCAUGGGUCCCACUGUAUCUAGAGUAAGGAUGUAGCACCGGGUCUAAUAUUAGACUAUUCAAACUAACACUGCUUCAGAUGAUUUUACAGUGCAAAGAAAAUUAGCAGGCUUGUAAAAACGAAUUUCUAUACAUCUUUGUCGAAGUACACUGUGUGUAGAAUGUGGGAAAGAAAAUAAAUAUGCAAGCAUAAGAAAUCCUAAAAAGGCAUAACCAGCACCCAAAAGUUUACAUGACACAUGUAUUGUUUGCUGUUUUAUAAACAUCACAGGUUUGCCGUUUAUAGAGCUGUUUCUAUGAGCGAUGAUACGCGGCUCAGAUAAAAAUGACCUUUUUUUGGACAUUUUUAAUUGUUCUAAUUAAAUACUAACAAAGGUGAUGUUUAACCUUAUUGGGUAUAAAAGUCUUUAGGACUGAAUUGUCUAAAAUGGCAACAUAUAAAAAGCUUAUUUUUCUUUCACAUUGGAAGCAUAUGAUUUAAAAAAAUAAUAAUAAUAAAAAAAUUGAAGUAAAAUGCGAAGUUUACUGAAGCUCUGUCAUAACAUUAACAUGCACAUGUACAGAACAGAUUCCUGAACACAACGGCUGGGAGACACAUUCCACGUGAACAGUGUACCUCUUUUUUAAUAAGAAGUUGUAUUCAGUACUAACGCCAUACAGGAGAGAUACGCUCGUACAAAUGACUUUCCCAACCACUUUUGUCUGCGUUUGGACAAAAGGUUUUGUUUAUUAUUACUGUUAUUGUAGUAUACCGGAUCAGUAUUGAACCAGGUGUCUCUGGCUAAAGUUAUGGGUGAGGCCAGGUGGGACGGCAGGGUUACUGUCUUGGGACUGGUGUUAAUGUUUUAAUUCCACCUAAAAUGUACACAUUUUGGUAUCUCUGUACAAUAAGUGUUGGUAAUUCAGAUGCAAUUACGUUAUAAACUGAAUCACAAAGCUUUAGAGUUCUAUUAAAGAAAUGUGGGCUUUAAUUUCUCAAAUUGCAUAACCUUAUUCAUGCACAGGACCACGAGUUAUUUUGAUAAAUAUUCACACUGAUAUACAGAAUACAAUAAUGUUGUGAUAAUGAUUUCAUAUUAAAAAAAUAAUAAUAAAAUGUUUAUAGUGGUUUUGCACAGAAACAGUGGUGCACAAGUAACACAACUGGGGAAGAUACUAGUUUGAUUGCCUUGUGGGAUGGGGGGAAUUACAGGGGAAAAAAACUGUUGUAGAAGUGAUUGUCUGUAUGUCCGUAGUUAUUGAGUACUUCUGUUAGCAAAGACGUUGUGCAAAUGGGCUUUUGUGUGAAUGAUGCAACAGUAAACCGAUGCCAGCAGUCUGCCGGUGACAUUCUUUCAAGAUGUGUUUGUAAUAUUACAGGUGCUUGACGAGGUGAGAAAUGCAUUUGUAUUGCUUUUUCCCCCCUUUAAUGUAUUCCUCAUGUCCCGAGAAGAUUAUUUGCCAAUUGUUCAGCAGAUCAUGGAUGUCGCGCAGUGUCUGCUCCACUGUGAGAACUCUGCAGUAGUGUCACCGGGAGGUGAACCCCGCCACAUCAGUAUAGCUGUAUUGUAAACCACUGGUUUACUCUUUCAAUAGGUAGCUUCUACCUUCUUUGAACAAAAUGUAAUCGACUAUUUUCUAUGUGUAACAAUUCCUUUAUCUGUAUUUUGUAGUUUUAGUUUUUUUGUUGUUCUCAGCUUUGGCACAUUUACCUGCCCCUUUUAAUACUGAAUCUUUUGUUUUAAACCUGUUAUUUGUCAUUUAGUUUCUACAUCAAACAUGUGAAUUAAUACUAAAUAAAAAAAAUUAAAAAAUGG